CUUCAGUCCAGCGCUGGCAGCUAAGCCAUCCACCAACAGACGCAGGGAAAGUGACGGCACGUGUGUGUAUGUGGGUCUUCUUCUCCUUCACACACACUUCAAGGCACUUUUCAGGAUACUAGCUGUGUCCUGCUGUCCUUUCAGUCCUUCACACACACACACACACACACACGCUCCUCUUGGCUUUAGGCUAUUUACAUCAGGCACCAUUUCGGCCCCGGCCAGAGCGACCCUGGCCACCCAGCCGCUCCCGCGCCUCGGUCUGGGCAGGAAGAGCCUGGCAGUGGCGGCUGUAGGUGUUAUGCUGCUCCUGGUGCUCGUGGUGCUCAUCCCGGUGCUGGUGAGCUCCGUAAGCACCGACGCCGGCCAGUAUGAGAUGCUGGGUGCCUGCCACAUGGUGUGUGACCCUUACUUGAGCAGCAAAAGUGCCGUGACAGGUCCAGCGGGCGCAGGCUCUGAAGCACCGCCGCCACCCUCCACGCUCGUCCAGGGGCCACAGGGGAAGCCGGGACGGCCGGGCAAACCCGGACCUCCAGGGCCACCCGGGGAGCCAGGCCCCCCGGGUCCGAUGGGGCCCCCGGGGGACCGAGGGGAAAGAGGGGACCGCGGCACGAACGGCAUUAACGGAGCUAUCAGCACGGUGACAUACAGCACUCAGCCACGCGUUGCUUUCUAUGCCGGACUCAAGAACCCACACGAGGGCUACGAGAUCCUUAAAUUCGAUGACGUCGUCACCAACACGGGCAACAACUAUGACGGCGCGUCAGGAAAGUUCAUCUGCAGCGUGCCUGGCACCUACUUCUUCAUCUACCACGUGCUGAUGCGUGGAGGUGACGGCACAAGCAUGUGGGCUGACCUGUGCAAGAACGGACAGGUGAGAGCAAGUGCCAUCGCUCAGGACGCCGACCAGAACUACGACUACGCCUCCAACAGCGUCAUCCUGCACCUGGACGCCGGAGAUGAGGUCUUCAUCAAACUGGACGGAGGCAAAGCCCAUGGUGGCAACAACAACAAAUACAGCACUUUCUCCGGUUUCAUCCUAUAUGCCGACUGAACCGCAGACCUCAAGGAGAAGAGAGGAAGAGGAAGACGACGGGACGGGACGAAGCCGGCUUUAUCACCCGAGCGCUUUGUUUUCACUUCACAGGAUCAUCCGUCGCUUCAACCAUCUUUUUAUUUAUUUAUUUUUUUGAUCAGAAAACUCUAGUAAGAGACUCUCAGUGGACACUCAGAGGGUGUUCUUUCCGCUCUAUGAAUCACCUUAAUGACAAAAAAAAGUGAGGAAAAAUGAAAACGUUGCACAAAAAAAAAAUAUAGACCUUUCCUUUCUUCCUGUGAGACUCCUGCAGGACUUUUCGAGCGGCAGAGAUCUUUAUUCUCAUCGUCGCGUAAUGUACGUCUCUCCAUCUCCGCACCUCCAUCUUCCGUCCAUAGAUAUUUAUCUGCGAGAUACGAGAAUGAUCCAAGAUGUCUGUCCCUCGUGGAGAAAAAAAGAAAAUUAAAUAUUUUUUUGAAGGCUUGCUUUAUUGACUAAGGGAUCGUUUGAGAUUGAGUUUAGCCUAGUUAAAAACCUAUUUCAGAUUAUUGAAAAUGCUUGUGCGUCUUGAAAAUUUGUGCCAUCCUUUGCGCUUUUUUUGUUCUUUCCCUCCCGUUUCCUGAGUAUCUGAAGAUCGGCGGUCGUUGUAUUUCAGCGUGUUGUGCUGUGUCUGGUGCAGACCUGUGACUCGUGGCAGAACGUUGUUCGUGAAGAAUGUUUCAGAAACACAAAUGAAAAUCCUAAUUCCUUAAUUAAUUCAUUUUUUAGCCAUCAUUUAAUCCUCUCUUCCACGACUCCAAGCCCAAAUUUUACAAGUGUCAUUUUCCCUUUUAAAUGUUUAUCUAAUCCUGAAAAAAAUCUCAAACUUCGUAGUGUUUAUUUCCCCAUUAGUCGACAUUUAUUUUAAAAAUGUGCUGUUGAAAUAUUAGGUACAUUAUUUCAUCGUGUUCAGUAAUAUUUUUCGCUGUUUAUUGGAGUACAGAAAUGCCCAACCAUUAUAAUAUCAGUACAGGGUGUCCCAAAAGUCUCCAUAAAUGGCACCAAUUACUAUUAUUAUUUUUUUAAAUUACUUUUUAAAAUGUAAUUGCCUCUAAGUUUGACCACAGUGUGGUGUGUGAUGUGUUUGCCAUGUUUCCUCUUCAAGUCCUUAAAAGCUAACCAAAAUUUAAAAUUCCGCUAUAUAUGGAGACUUUUGGGACUCUGUAAAUUAGGCUUGUGUGAAAUAACGACUCACGAUACACAAUGUCUGUCCAGUAAUUUUUACUCUGAUUAUUUCUUUAUAGAUUUAUCUUUAUUAUCUAAAAAUAUUAUUUUUCCACAAGGAAAAUGAAAAUGAGCUAAUCAGACGGUACCACCUGAAAGCCCCGCCCCCUGAUCUCACCUACAUUCUAUUGGACCUGCAGUAAAUGUACUGAGUUCAUUAAUAAGCCAUAAAAUCUAUCACUGCAUGUUCGAGUUAGAUAAAAGUGGCCAAGUAUAUAGUUAACAUCUGCCACGUAUAUUUAUAUUUUAGUGGUAAGCCAGCCAGGGGCUCUUCAGGCCAGCAAAAGACCCAACAACCUGAACUGGGACCGCACGCAUGUCCUGAUUUAGGCUGCUGGAAAAAAAUGGCAUUUGCCACUGAACACCAGAAUUGGCAGGUCCACCACUGUCGCCCUGUGCUUUUCACAGAUGAGAGCAGGUUUACCCUGAGCACAUGUGACAGACGUGAAAGGGUCUGGAGAAGCCAUGGAGAACAUUAUACUACCUGUCACAUCGUUCAGCAUGACCGGUUUGGUGGUGGGUCAGUGAUGGUCUGGGGAGGCAGAUCCAUGGAGGGAUGUGCAGACCUCUACAGGUUAGACAACGGCACCCUGACUGCAUUAGGUUGAAAAUGGUCAAAAAGGGGACUUAAAAAAGUACUAUUAAAGUAAAUAAAAAAUAAAGUACUAUUACUGUUUUUUUUUUUUUUUUAAAUAUCCAGCUGAGUUUUAACCAUCGCCACUGCCGGCAAGCAACUCCUAACUUCCCUAGUGAUUAUGCUGCUUUACAUCUUUAAUCAAAAUAUUUCCAAAUGGUAAAUUACGAGCAGGGAAAAACAUCUACUUCUACUUCACACAAGCCUGCAUUAAAUUCCAGUUUAUUCCAAUUGUAGGUGUAAUAAAUAAUGAUUGAGUUCCUCAGACCCUACUUUGAGAACCGUUCAAGAGAUGUUCAGACUUUAAAACGACGCUUUCCGUUAUUAUUACUCUCUCUAUAUAUCUGUAUAUCUACAUUUUUCUCCCGAAUAAAAUUGAAAAUAAGUGAAUAAGACAGUACCACCUAGAAGCCCACAUUCCAGUUCCGCUCAGUGAAAAUCUGCCAAAUUUGAUGAAAUAUUUGAUCAAAUACCCCAAAUAUUGACUAGCUGCUUCUCUAUAUUAAAUUCGAGCUCAUGACUUCUUUAAUGUUUUAUAUUUAUGUGCACAUCCAAAAUGUAUUCAGGGUAGAGGGUGGAACCAGGUUCACACAAAGACACUUCACUUGUUCUAGAGUGGACCCCUGAUUUUCUAAGACUUUGUUCAAAUCCAGAGGCUGAGUUUAAGGUUCAUGUGAAAAGAUCAACAUCCACACCACUGAUCUUCAACACUAAACCUGAAGAACAUCCUUUACGGUUCUUCUGUCACCCCACUGAGUUCAGUGAAAGCCUACCACAGCAUGUUUCCCAGCCCUUAUGUAGAGACUACAAACCUUGUCUAAUGAAUCCUUUUUUUUUUUUUUAAAGAAUAGCUUUAGAGCUUUUCACACUCGAUUUUGCAAAACAAGUGCAAAACAAAAUAACAAAUCAGAAAACAAAAAGCAAAUAAUUAAACAAAAUAACAAAUCAGAAAACAAAAUAACAAAUCAGAAAACAAAAUAACAAAUCAGAAAACAAAAAGCAAAUAAUUAAACAAAAUAACAAAUCAGAAAACAAAAUAACAAAUCAGAAAAAAAAUCAUUAAACAAAAUAACAAAUCAGAAAACAAAAUAAAUAACAAAUAAUUAAACUAAAUAACAAAUCAGAAAAGAAAAAAAUCAUUAAACAAAAUAAAUCAGAAAACAAAAUAAAUAACAAAUCCAAACACACAAUAAUAAAACAAAAUAACAAACCAGAAAAUAAAAUAACAAAUCCAAAAACACAAUAAGAAAUCAGAGAACAAAAAACAAAUCUGAAAACAUAAAUAAAUAACAACUCCACAAACACAAUAACAAAUCAUAAAACAAAACAAAAAAAUGAAUCCAAAACAAAUCCAAAAACACAAAGGACAAUUCAGACAAACAAAAGGUAGGUACAGUUUGCGAAUGGAAUUCUUACCACCAAUUGGAUGAGACAUCUGUCACUCAGGAAAUACAGGAAGUCCUUGUGCUUUUUACUUCUCAGCCAUUGUAUGAUUUAGUAGUUUAUAUAAACUCCGGCUAAACAGAAGUUAGUUUAUAGUUAGAGGUUUCACACUGCUCAUACUUUACCCGGGGUUAAUAAUGAAUCCUGGCUCUUCAUAAUCUGACGUUUCACACUCUACAUUCCUAAACCCUGGAUUGACCUUCUUCUGAUUUGCAUAUCUGCAUAUCAACAACCAUGAUUGGAUAAAUCCACCACGCUACUACAUGUCUCACUGUAAAGCCUCCUGAGAUGCACAAAAAACAACAAACGAAAGAAAGAAUACAGAGGAGUAAUCUACUGUUUAUGCAACACACAUGGUUUCUGUGACUGUACAAAGCACGUGAUGUGAGUUUUUCAAGCACUGUUCAGUUUCUGGUUGGGUGACUGUUACGGCUAGAUGCUUAGCAACAUGUUUCACACUGUACAUCUUUAGCACAGUGAUGUGCAUUUAACACUGUUAAAGCUUCAGAGCAAAGUUUCAUAACCCCGGGGGAAAAAGCUGUGCUUCAUAACCCUGCUUCAACAUUACACGUGUGAAACCUUCAUCUACCCCGGGGUUAAAGGCAAGGUUUAGAACGAUGAUAACCUGUGGGUUCAGAGCACAGUGUACACUCUUUAAAAGAAAAUGCAUCUACUUUUGUUUCUUUACUUUGUCCUUCUAAUGAAAUCCUUAAAGCUUCUUUGAAAGUUUACUAAAAGAAAUGGAACUAAGAACCCUUAAUUACCAAAUUAACCCAUAAAGAACCCUUUUUCCCCCUAGAUGUACACACUCAAAAAAAAAAAGAACUAAAUCUAGAACAUGGUAGGGUUCUUCAAUUUGUCCUUCUAAAUAUUCCUAAAGGUUCUACUGUGAACCAUAUAAACAGAGUACUUACCAGUGAGUCCUUCAGGAAGCUGAGAACUUUCCAAACCUUUUCUUAGUAUUUUAACCAAGAGCGUUCAUCUUCAUCUUCAGCAUCUAUAAGAGUACUUCACCUCGCUCCUUUAGUGGAACCCUUAAUGGUUCUACUUUACACCCUAUGACAAACUGCUUUCUUAUCAGAAACGGUAAAAAGAUGAUAUAACAUUUCCUUUCUUUGGUGGGAACCAAAAACAUUAAUUAUCUAAUGAACCCUUUGUUCCUAAGAGUCAUGUAUUAAAUCAAGCACAUGUUCUUCACUAGAUUCAUCUUAAAAGGUUCUAGAGAAGGUAACACUUUUAGGAAGUUGUGGACGCUCCAAAUAACCCUAGAACCUCUUUGUUGACGGACGCACAUUCUUGCAACAACAAAAAAGCUGAUAUCUAGUGCCUUUAAGGGUUCUUUGCAUUUUCCUCCUCAAGAAGAGCACAGAAUAGUUACCUAUCAGAUAGGACAACUCUUUUAGGUUUCACAGAACCCUUGUUUUUCCAGAAGUGUACAUCUUUGUCCCUCAGAACCAUUAACGGUUCUGUUGAUCUCCACAGCGUAAUGUUCCUUUAUUAUAAAUGAUUCAAAGUUUAACACUCUUUAAAAAAAAAAGCUUCUGAUUCUUUUGGUUCUUAAGGUUCUCCCUCUAGAGGAACCUGUAAAUGUUGAAUUCUACAAUGGAGCUCUAGCUUCUUCACAGUUCAGGUCCAAUCCUAAUCCAUGGUAAUUUGUUGGAUUAGCCAGAUAAGAUGUGCAAGUGUAAUAAUACACCUGCCUCAUUAGCCAACCAAAUAGUUCAUGCACAUGCUCCAUGACCUCAAAGGUCAAGGUCUGUGAUGUAAUAAUGAUGGACGAUGGACGAUAAAUUGGUGGAUAAAAAACAGAUUUGUUUGUGUAGGAAUCCAUCUUGUGCAUAAAACAACUAUUACUAGCUGAUGGACGCAUUACACGAGGGUCUUUAAAGUUCAAAAUGGACGUUGUGAUGGACACGUCUCAGCUCAAACCUGUGAACAUGGUUUUAUAAUUCAGAAAUACUGUAAGCUCCUCCAAAUAUCACGAAUAUUAUUUCUGCAGGUGUUAAAUCACCAAAUCCUGAGGUACUGAAGAAACCACACCAUCCACAAAGAAAUGUACAGUUCAUUUUGUUUAUUUACUUAUUUAUUUAUUUUUGUUCCCCAAAACACGUGCUAAACUGAGCCAGAGCACCGAUGUUUGAUUUACUUUCGGCAAAUGAGUCGAUUCAGAGUCGAUUCGAUUUCUCACUGCAAACGAUUCAUCAUUGGAGUUCACUGGAAUUUUUUUUUGCGUUGUACUGAAAAUCCAGAAAUAAAAUUAAAUAAAGCUGAUGGAAUAUUACAUAAGACGCAGCACUGAUGAGGUUUUAAGACGGUUUUAAGAUACAUGAAAUAGGAGCAGGUGCAAACAGAGUAAAAUAAAAACGCUUCAGUUUGAUGUUUGAUUCACUCGCGGGUGAGUCGAUUCAGAGUCGAGUCGCUUUCUUACCACAAACGAUUCGUGAUUGGGUUUUAAACAGCGUUACAUUAUUGGGCAUGUAAUAAAAUGAGACAAAAUAGCAAGAAUUUACAAAUUGCAGUGCUGUGCAAAGAUUCCAAAGUGUAGAAAUAUUUAAAAAAAAAAAAAAAAAGUAAAUAAGUAUGGCACAAUGCCACUUUUUUCCUAUAGAAAAACUAAAAACAAGUCUCUUUAUGUGAAAACAUUUCCAGUUAUAAAUAAAUAAAUAAAUAAAUAAAUAAAUAAAUAAAUUCAAAUUUUCCAAAUCCAGUUUCACAAUAACUUUUUUAAUAACUUUUAAUAAUCUUUUCUAUCAUUGUCAUAUCAGUUGUCUGUAUUCUCUCAGGUAUUGCUGUUGUGAAGUUUUAGAGGGAUUCGGUGAGUUUAACAUUCUUAGAGAAGUUGUGAAAGCAGCUUCUACAGAAUUUGGAUGCAAUUACAUUUUUAGUGCUUUCACACAUUUUAGGCUGUUAGUCCAAAUAAGAGCAGAAAGAAUCCUUUUGGAUCAUGUGUUUUGGCUGUUAGCUUGGGUUUCACACUUCACAUAAUUAAACGAGAGGGAAGAAAAAGAACAUAGGGCUGAAGGUUUACUCACAUCCCUUGUAAUAAAAUCUUAAAGGAUUCCAAUAAGAAACAUGUACAGGGUUGUAAUUAGUAUUUCUAUCUAUUCUUAGGAACAAUUUUUAUAAAGUUUCCUGUAAAAAAAAAAAAAAAAUCACAACAAUUACCUGAGAGAACAUGGAGGAGGUAGGAGAACACCUGGAAGUAAAUGAUUUGAUAAUUAUUUAAAUAUCCCUCAAUUUAUUAUCCUUUUCUUUUUUCUGCAUCAAUUGAAUCAUUUACAUCAAUGAGCUUCUUCUUGUCGCUGGAGUGGGAUCUUUUUUUUUUUUUUUCUUGCAUCAGUUUUAGCAGCUCCCAUGGGCAAAAAAGUGCAUAUGUUUGAUUCACUUCCCACAAGUGAGUCGAUUCAGAGUCGAUUCGCUUUCUUCCAACAAACGAUUCGUGAUAGGUUCCACUGGGAUGAAAAAUGAGGACCAGCAGGGAAGAUGUUAUCAAUAUCAGGACACUUUUAAGAUACACUUCACUUUUAUGUUUGAUCCGAUGUCUGAUUCACCUCUCGCAAGUGAGUCGAUUCAGAGUCGCUUCGCUUUCUCACUACAAGCGAUUCGUGAUAGGUUUCACUGGGAUUUUUUUUUUUUUGUGCUGUACUGAACAUCUAAAAACAAAUGAGGCACAGCAGGGCAAAUGUUAUCAACAUCAGGACACUUUUACGAUACACUUCACUUUUAUGUUUGAGCCGAUGUUUGAUUCACUUCCCACAAGUGAGUCGAUUCAUAGUCGAUUCGCUUUCUCACUACAAACGAUUCGUAAUAGGUUUCACUGGGAAUUUUUUUUGCGCUGUACUGAACAUCCAAAAAAAUGAAAAUGUUGACAAUAUCUGGACAAUUUUAGGAAACACUUCACUUUUAUUGUUUGAUCCAACGUUUGAUUCACUUCCCGCAAAUGAGUCGAUUCAGAGUCGAUUCGCUUUCUCACUACAAACGAUUCCUGAUAGGGUUCACUGGGAAUUUUUUGCUCUGUAUUGCAUUUAGGUCCCAAGUAAUACAAUACAGUCUGUAUUUAGUGCAGGUUAAAGCCUUAGUGUGACCUCUGACCUCGGUACAACGUACAGAACAAACACAGGGCCAGAGAGCCCAAAGUAGAACAAGAGGAAAGUUAGAAAUCUCCUCCUGCGGCGUCCACACGGGUCACUCACACACACAACUCACGACAGGACGCUGAUGUGAUGCGACAUGGUGACAGUCUGCGGCCAAAUGAAGCUGAUCUGUUCAAAUUGAAUGUGUGUGUGUGUGUGUCCAGUCGAGCCUUCAUGCAUGCACUGAAAACCUCCUCAGCCACAUCACUGAUUAUCAAUCACACAAACACACGUCAGCCGCUCCAUGUUCUAAUCAGCCGAUCAGAUUGCAGCGCGAGAGAUUAAAUAAAUAAACAAAUAAAUAAAUCUACACUGGAGAAGAAACGAGAACAAUAAAGCUGUGAAAAGAAAACGAAAUGUACGCGGACGUUGAUCCGACAUAAUUUAUCUUUUCGAAAUGUAAAUGAAUUUAAUUAAUA